GGAGUUUGCCCGUUGGAAGGUAAACAACUUGGCUCUGGAGAGGAGGGACUUCUUCAGUUUGCCAUUGCCGCUUGCCCCAGAAUUUAUCCGGAACAUCCGCCUCCUCGGAAGGAGACCCAACCUACAACAGGUUACUGAAAACCUGAUCAAAAAGUACGGCACUCAUUUCUUGCUUUCUGCCACCCUUGGAGGGGAAGAGUCCCUAACCAUUUUUGUGGACAAGCGGAAACUGAGCCGCAAGACAGAGACAGCAGGAAGUGCCCCUGCCAUUGGGGGCGGUGGGAACAGCUCUGCCGUGUCCCUGGAGACCCUACACCAACUGGCAGCCUCCUACUUCAUCGACAGAGAGAGCACACUGAGGCGGCUGCACCAUAUCCAGAUAGCCACAGGGGCCAUCAAGGUCACAGAGACCAGGACGGGCCCUCUGGGCUGCAGCAACUACGACAAUCUGGACUCCGUCAGCUCUGUCCUGGUACAGAGUCCGGAGAACAAAGUGCAGUUACUGGGCCUGCAGGUGCUGCUGCCCGAGUACCUGCGCGAGCGCUUUGUGGCGGCGGCGCUCAGCUAUAUCACGUGCAGCUCUGAGGGUGAGCUCGUCUGCAAGGAGAAUGACUGUUGGUGCAAAUGCAGCCCCACCUUCCCAGAAUGCAACUGUCCGGAUGCUGACAUCCAGGCCAUGGAGGACAGCCUGCUGCAGAUCCAGGACUCUUGGAUGACUCACAACCGGCAGUUUGAGGAGUCAGAGGAAUUCCAGGCCCUGCUGAAAAGGCUGCCCGAGGACAGGUUCCUGAACUCUACAGCCAUCUCCCAGUUCUGGGCCAUGGACACCAGCCUGCAGCACCGCUACCAGCAGCUGGGGGCCAGCCUCAAACUGCUAUUCAAGAAGACCCACCGGAUUGUCCGCCGGCUCUUCAACCUCUGUAAGCGCUGCCACCGGCAGCCUCGCUUCCGCCUGCCCAAGGAGAGGUCCUUGCCCUACUGGUGGAACCGAAUCCAGUCCCUCCUCUACUGUGGAGAAAGCACCUUACCCGGCACCUUCCUGGAGCAGAGCCACAGCUGCACCUGCCCCUACGACCAGUCUUCCUGCCAGGGCCCCAUCCCCUGUGCCUUGGGCGAAGGGCCCGCCUGUGCGCACUGUGCUCCCGACAACAGCACGCGCUGUGGGGGCUGUAACGCAGGCUACGUGCUGGCCCAGGGGUUGUGCCGGCCAGAGGUGGCCGAGUCCCUGGAGAACUUUCUGGGGCUGGAGACGGACCUGCAGGACCUGGAGCUGAAGUACCUGCUGCAGAAGCGGGACAGCCGCAUCGAGGUGCAUUCCAUCUUCAUCAGCAACGACAUGCGCCUGGGCAGCUGGUUCGACCCUUCGUGGAGGAAACGCAUGCUGCUCACGCUGAAGAGUAACAAGUACAAGCCCGGGCUGGUGCACGUGAUGCUGGCCUUGUCCCUGCAGAUCUGCCUCACCAAGAACAGCACCCUGGAGCCUGUCAUGGCCAUCUACGUCAACCCGUUUGGGGGCAGCCACUCUGAGAGCUGGUUCAUGCCCGUGAACGAGGGCAGCUUCCCCGACUGGGAAAGGACUAACGUGGAUGCAGCUGCCCAGUGCCAAAACUGGACUAUCACCCUGGGGAACAGGUGGAAGACCUUCUUUGAGACAGUCCAUGUUUACCUACGGAGCCGAAUCAAGUCCCUGGAUGACAGCUCCAAUGAGACAAUCUACUAUGAGCCCCUGGAGAUGACUGAUCCCUCCAAGAACUUGGGCUACAUGAAAAUCAACACCUUGCAGGUCUUUGGCUACAGCCUCCCCUUUGACCCAGAUGCCAUCCGGGACUUAAUUCUCCAGUUAGACUACCCGUACACUCAAGGGUCCCAGGACUCUGCCCUCUUGCAGCUCAUAGAGCUUAGGGACCGGGUAAACCAGCUCUCUCCCCCCGGCAAAGUCCGGCUUGACCUUUUCUCCUGCUUGCUCCGGCAUCGGCUCAAGCUGGCCAACAAUGAGGUGGGCAGAAUCCAAUCCUCCCUGAGGGCUUUCAAUUCCAAGCUGCCAAACCCUGUGGAGUAUGAGACAGGCAAACUCUGUAGCUAAUGGGGGCCCCACUCCAGUGCUGGGCAGGGAGGUGAUCCACGAAUCCAGGGUGCAACGAUCAUCCAAGCCCUCACCUUAGUGCCAACAGGGUUCUCCCUUGAGACUUUCUGCACCCAGCCGACAGGACCUCAGGGCUUGGACUGAAGUAGGCAGGAGAGAAACGAACCAUCACUGCACAUGUGCACACACUCACCACGUGCGUGCCCGUGCAUGCACCCACACCCACACACACACACCCUCUCUUGCUCACACAGGGAGGCUACAAUGCAGCAGCCUCGAAUCUCUCAGUAAAGUCGGUGCUUUCAAAUGAAUGCAGUUGAAGGAGAGGAGCCAAGGGAGAGAUUAAGAAAAAGAACCAGCGAAACCAUGAAAAAUCAAUGCUUAAAAAGUGAUUCUGACCAUUCAAGAAAGCAAGAGGGGGUGCAGGGGGGAGGAACAGGAGCAGCUCCCCCUCCCCCACCAUCGAGUCACUUUUGUAUUCUUUUUAACCAGGUUUCUUAAAAUGGCGUUUCGUGAUCCCCCCCACGUUGGUUCUUAACUUUUUGUAAGCUGCCUCCUCUGUGCCCUCCCAGACCCUGACUGCUUCUCCAGCCGGCUCCCCUGAGACACUCAAGGUGACACCAACAGAGGACCAUACGGGCAGGCAGGCUUGCUCUGCUCCCUACUGCCCCCUCCCUCCGGCCCCCUUGCUUCCUCAGCCCCCCUACUUUGUUCCACAUUCCCCUCAUGGUCCAGCUGGAACUCCUCUUCCAAUGCCACCUGUCCUGUCCACGAAAGCAGCUCUGUCAAGUUAGCAAGAGACAAUGUAUAGGGAAAUGUUCUUUUCUAAAAACAAAACAAAAAUAUUUAUUUUGUGAUUGUUUUCUUUGUCAAUCUGCUCCAGCCACAUGAACGUAUGAGUAAAAGUUGACCUGGUUUAAUAUA